ACCACUAACUGAUGGGCUGGGCUAUUAGUAUGUGUUUACUCGUGGUCUCCCGCUAGUUGCUCGCGGAGAGUCUGACACGGGCUAGCUACACUACUAGAUAGCAUGCAUGAGUCGAUCGACGCCCUUCGUUGUGACUUCUUGUGCCUUCAAGAUACAAAGAGAGAGCGGACCCGGUCGAGAGAUACAAUAUGCCCUCCAGGCCUGUGGUGGAAACUUUUAAACACCCCCUAUGAAACCAGAAGUGUUUGGAGUGUUUUGAAGCAUUCAAACACCCCUCCAUUUGAGAUCUUCUUAUCAAUUACUGACCUGUUUUCCGGAGAUUAUCAUCUUUUUGAACGUCUUUAUAUUGAAGCUCAUUAUGAAGAUUUGCUCCAGCGACAACAAAAUGACAUUAGGCGUAUCGAACGAGAAGAAAAUCUUGUUAUCCCAAGUGAACUAUCCUUUGAAAGGUUCACUAAUUUGUCCCUUGAGUGCCGAGAAGCUCUGCAAAUGCAUCGACCACUGACAAUUGGUGCUGCAAAACAGAUACCAGGAAUUACUCCAGCAGCAUUGCUCAUCCUUAUCCAUCAUAUUAGAAACUUGCUCAACACCCCUAGCAUUACCUGAUGAUAUCUUAUUCUGAUAUAAAAUUUUUAUCCAUUCAUAUGCCACUUUACUAAUGUUACAAAUGGUGUUAUUCACAUAACAGUCACUGUGAUUGCUGUUGUUUUGGGGAGAAAACUGUCUGUAUCUCCAGCUUCUGGAGGCUCAGUGAUGUGUUUGGCAUAAUUUUCUUAACUCAGACAGCUAGUUUGUAGGUAGAUGUUUGUUAUCCAUCGAUCAAAACAUGUAAAUUUACACACACCUAGAAACGUCAACAAAACAAUAAUUGUGAACUUUGACUCGGUAGGCGGGAGGCAUGGCGGCAUAUCUCGUAAAAACCACCUACCCAUCUACAGAAGUGGUCAGUCUGCAUUUGGAUGUGGCAGUCGGAGCUUUGAUGUUCCUUUCAUCUACCCUUUC